AUGCCGCAGCUUGCUGAUUGCUGGCGCUCUAGCAAGCUGUGGAAGCACUAGACAGAAAGUGAAUCACUUACUGAUCUCGUGGAAUGUCAUUACCGUGAGUGGAACAAUCGUGAUGUUGGAAGUCGUGGAUCUUAGCACAAUGCUGAAGAGCGAGUGAGUGAGAGAGAUAUUUAGACACACACAAACACACAAACAAACAGACACACACACCACACCCGCACUCAUGUUUUGGGGAGGAGAGUCAAAGAGAUCAGCAAAGGCACUCCUGUAACAAAUUUGAGAUCGAUUGUGUGGAGAUUAAGGAGCUUGUGGCUUGUGUGCACCAGUUGAGCUUUCUUUUGUAAUCGACACGAGUGUUGAUCUACAUCGAGGAAUGAGUUUGUUCUGUGGGUGAAUUUCAAGCAUACUAGGCUUGGCAUCCGAUCGCAUUGGGUCACUGAAGACGGCCAACAUCCUUGCGAAGCGGAUCUAGUGUGCGGCGAGGAUUGGAUCGGGAGCCUAGAGGAGGAAGAUGGCAAGCACGCUGGAGCAAGACCAUGAAAAAAUCCGUCAGACAUGCUUGAAUGUGCCGCUUGUGGACGCCCAUGCCCACAACGUGGUGGCUCUCGACUCCAAUUUGCCCUUCCUGCGAUGCCUCUCCGAUGAGCGCGGCCACGAGACUCUGUCGGGCGUGCCACUCAGCCUCGCUUACCAGAGAAGUCUCCAAGAGCUGGGAGACAUGUAUGGUGUGGAGCCGAAUGAGUCUUCUCUCAAGGCACACCGAGAAUCUUUAGGACUCGAAGCGGUUAGUGAGAAAUGCUUCGGCGGCGCAAACAUCGAAUGUGUCCUCCUGGACGACGGCUUGACUAUGGAUCGAAUGUUGGGCAUGGGUUGGCACCGGAAAUACAUUCCUGGUGUGCACAGAGUCCUUCGAAUCGAAACGGUUGCGGAGGCCGUGCUCAACCAACCCGUGAGCCAAGGCGGAUUUUCAAGAUGGACACUGGAGAGCUUCGACCAUCGUUUUGUGUCGACUUUAGAGUCACUUUCGGAGAAGGUAGUGGCGUUCAAGAGCAUUUGCGCGUAUCGCAGCGGCCUUCGUAUCAACCCUCAUGUCAAAGCGCAAGCUGCCGAGACUGGUCUCCAUGAAGAUCUGCGGAAUCACGAGGCGGGCCAACCUAUCUUAGUUUCAAACAAAGCCUUUAUUGACUUCAUGUUUGUCCGUGCACUCGAGGUCGCCACUGAACAUAACAUCCCCAUGCAAAUCCAUACUGGCUUUGGCGACAAGGACUUGCAGCUGGAGCUGGCCAAUCCCCUACAUCUUCGUGCUAUCCUUGAAGACCCGCUCUUUGCAAAGAGCCGCAUCGUUCUUCUUCAUGGGUCUUACCCAUUUAUGCGCGAGGCAUCGUAUCUUGCGAGCGUCUACCCGCAGGUGCACAUUGAUUUCGGACUCGUUGUGCCCAUGUUAAGUGUUCGAGGGAUGAGGUGUGCUCUUAGCGAUCUUCUUGAUCUGGCACCUGUGAAUAAGAUCAUGUUCAGCAGUGACGGAUACGCUUUUCCUGAGACAUUUUAUUUAGGGGCGAAGUGGUCACGAGAUAUUCUAACUCGCGUGUUAUGUGAGUCAUAUGAUAAUGGCGAUUUGACACUUGAAGAAGCAGUUGGAGCUGCUCAUCUGAUUUUGAAUCGUAAUGCACUUGAAUUUUACAAGCUUGAAGGGGCGCGCACAGGCAUUCAGCGGACUCUUUCAACUGAAAGUCUUAUGAGAUUACAAGAGUCUCUUGCUCCUUCACUAACUGUUGAAAAGCCUCCCACUUUUGAGUUCCGACUUCUAGCUGCAGUGCCAAAGCCGGCUCAUCCUAAUGGCUCCACUCUUGAGACAAAUCCAACACCUAGAUUUACAAAGCCUGAAGAGCCGACUCAGAGACCUGCAGAAGUAAAAGCUGUAGCCGCGGCUCCUGUGGCAGUGAUACCUCGUGUAGCUGGCACCGUUAAUGCAGUGGCGGUUGAUGCCAAGCCUAUUGAGGUUAAGCACGUUCGGUUGAUGUUUGUUGACUCAUCAGGGCUUCUUCGCUGUCGGAUAGUCCCUAUUCGAAGGUUUGAGGAGGUGGUAGUGGAGCACGGCGUGGGUCUUGCGAACAUAGUUAUGUUCUUGGCUUCUUAUGCGGAUUAUCCUGUUCCCAACUCGGCAUUCAAUGCUGUUGGCGAAAUUCGUCUCAUGCCAGAUCUGAGCACAAAGGUUACUCUUCCCUGGUGCCCAGAGGAUGCUUUGGUAUUCACGAAUAUUCACGAGAAGCCUGGACUUCCGUGGGAAUACUGCCCUCGCAAUACGCUUCAACGCCUGUCGCAAACACUACGCAUGAGCUUCAAUCUUGUGAUGCGGGCGGGAUUUGACGUUGGUUUCUAUCUUCUCAAGAAAUCUACUGGGUCCCAGAACUUGGAAUUUCUCAACACAAGCUCGUUUUCAUCUGCAGCUGGUGUACAUGUAGCUUCGUCCAUCUUGGCUGAAAUUGACGAUGUUCUAUCAUCCUUUAACAUUCACGUUGAAGAGAUGCACUGUGAAGGAGGAGGCCAGUUUGUUAUCUCCAUUGGAGAAGCCCAGGUUCUCACUGCAGCCGACAACCUUGUCCUUGUUAAGGAUACUGUGAUGGCAAUAGCCAGCAAGCACUCCUUGCGUGCUUCUUUUGUUCCCAACUUGCACGCAAACUCAGGUAUUGGUAGCUCGCGGGUCCGAACGAGUUUGUGGCAAAUGGAAGAGAAUGUAUUGGGGUCCCAGGAUCCCUCAAAAAAUAAGUAUGGGUUGUCUGAAAUUGGAGGAAAGUUCUUGGGUGGAAUUUUCCAUCACUUGCCCGCUAUUCUUGCAUUGACUGCUCCACUCCAAUUAAGCUAUGAUUCAAUUAGUGGUCCCCGCUAUCAUUUCUGGGGACAAGGCAACUUGACAGCACCUCUUCGAACGUUAUGCUCUGCUGAAAAUGUGGUAAGCAGCCUGGAGCUGAGGCAAUUUGACGCGUGUGGUAAUCCUUACUAUGGCUUAGCUGCCAUCCUCGCUGCAGGAAUCGAUGGCCUACGCAAGCAUAUCCACUUGCCCGACCCCAUAGACACAGAGAUUGAAGAGGAAGACAAAGAGUCCGUGCGGACGUUGCCGGGGACAGUAGAGGAGGGCAUUUCAGCAUUAGAAAGUAGUAAGGCCCUGCGAGACAACAUGGGUUCUUCAUUGGUGACAGAAGUGGCUUUGGUGCUCAAGGCAAACGCCGCUUACUACAAAGACAAGGAUGAGGCGUUCACCAAAGCAUCGCUGGCUGAAUGCUUCUAGUGCAAAGUUUUUUAAACAAUGAAGGCUUGUACUUUUGAACAUGGACGCAGACUGUCAACAGAUGCUCUGGGGAUUUCUUCCCAUAGCUGGUAUAGAUAGAUUUUGACCUAAUUUGAGCUCCUAUAAUAGUAGGGACAGCACAACCUGCAUAUUUGGGUUCCCGGUUCCGACUGCAUGAACUUUAAGGCAUAAAUUCUCUAAAAGUUUUCUACCACUAUUGCUGCUUUCUGCUUUUGUGGUGCAGUUCCUGUAAUGUGCUUUGAGAUCUAAAGGUUAGGUUCACUUUGACGAUAUUCCAUAUUGAGAAAAAUGUAAAAAAAUGAAGUAAACGUUUGACAACACAGCAGGGAUGUGUAUUGUAGACCA